CCCUCCUCGAUAUCCAAAAAAAAAAAACGCGUCAUGCAGGUUCCCGACCGUCUUGCUGGAUCCUCGAGGUAGACGAAGAAGAAGAAGAUAAUUGUAACCCCCCGUCGUCCAUCUCCCAAGAAACCAUGAAGAUCACCGACGCCCCCGUAAACGCAUCCGACGAAGCUUGCUGUACCUGCGCGAAGCUCCUCAGCUCCGUGCCCCGGUACAGCGCCGCCACCGAGAAGCCUCUCCCGGACGACAGGCGACUCGGGUGCUGCGCUCGUGUAAUCUGCGGAAACUGUAUCCAUGUGCACCCGCCAUCAUACACCUCCUUCCCGCCAACCCACCACCUCUCCUCCGGCGCCCCGGCAACCCCGCCUCCGCCUUACACACCCGACACCGGCGCCGACGCCGAAGAUGAACUCAACGAAAAGAGCAGCGGCUCCUCCUCCUCCUCCUCAACCGCCACACCCCCAGAAGACCCCCUCCACUUCCUAAACCACAACACAGACACAAUCACCUCUCUCUCCCUCCGCUACGGCGUCCCCGCCGCCGUCCUCCGCCGCGCAAACAACAUCACCAGCGACCACCUCCUCCAAGGCCGCCGCACCGUCCUCGUCCCGGGCGCCUACUACGCCGCCGGCGUCAGCCUCUCCCCGCGACCCGUCGAGGGCGAGGAGGAGGAGCUGCGCAAGAGCCGCAUCCGCCGCUUCAUGACGGGCUGCAAGGUCUCCGACUACGACGUCGCCGUGCUGUACCUCGAGCAGGUCGGCUACGACCUCGCCGCCGCCAUGGAGGCGUACGCCGACGAUGAGGCGUGGGAGAAGAGUCAUCCCGUCCAGGACGGUGGUGGCGGCGGCGGAAGGGGUAAGAACAAGGUCAAAGCCGCGCCGCGCAAUCGGGGGCCGUUUUGGAGAGGUUCUGCGUAA